CAUAACCAACAAUAUCUCCCGCCCGACCAAGAAAAGCAGCGGCUUAAGCCUCUUCUUCUACCUCUCUUCACAAAACCUCUCCAAUGGCCGAACCAAAGGAAGCCAUGAACGAAUGGGAGCACGUUGAAUCCCCGAUCAAUCACCACGACCCGCUGCCUCCCGCUGCCCAGCUAGCCCCCGCCGCUCCUGUCAUCAUCAGAGACAACUACCUCCGGGUGAGCGACGCCUCUGCUGUUUUCCCUCCCGCCGCCCAUUAUGGCCUGGAUUUCAACGACCCCCCCAGCAACCUGAUUCCCCCGCAUCCCAGUUCCCCUUUAUCAUCCGAUUCGUCCUCUUCCAAUACAGUUCUUUCGGGAAAUUGGCGGAGCAGCGAGUCUGCGGCGGCGUUGGUUUCUCCGGGGGACGGAACCGGCCGGUACAGUGGUGUCUGGGGCAUUUUGUUGAGGGCUUGGGGUCGGGUGGGGUUCGGGGUCAGCGUGUGGAAGCUUGUGUCAGCGGCUGGAUUUGUGGGAGUUUUGGCAGCAGCAGCUAUUGUUUACGUAAAGAUGGUGGCGCGGCGGCGCCGGCUGCAGAGGAGUGUGGCCAUACGGGACGAGAACAAGAACCGUCUGAUUCUCCUCAUCAAGGAGAAAGACCGGAGAAUUGAUCAACUGCUGCUCCAAAUUGCGCAAAUGAAUGAGGCGAGAUUGGCACGUCGACAGGUUCCGGUGGUUCGGGUCAGUUAAUCGUUCUCGCCCUCAAUGUUAUACACAUUGCACCUAAGUGCAUAUAUUUCUAUAUAUACUUUUUCCUUCUAGCAGGUCUAUUAUGAUUAGAUAGCCACAUACAAGAUAGAUAUAGAAACCUUAUAUGUUGAGUGUUUGUGAAUGACUGUCAAGGAAGAUAGCCAGAGCAAUGAUAUCUAUUUUAGUAGCAUA